GACAGACUCGGUCGCAAGUUGCACGAACUUGCACGAAGGCUCAAUGAUGCCCACGUCGAGUUCCUCGUCAGCCAAGGGGUUCCGCAGGACUGUCUCGGAGCUGGACUCCAAGCAAGCCGAGACAGUAACGUCCCCCCCUUUCAUUGGACGGAGGCAGUCUCUGAUUGAAGAUGCUCGGAAGGAACGGGAAGCAGCUGCGGCUGCUGCAGAGUCUGGAGAUUCUGGGGACCAGCUGGUGUUUGAAGAAAAGGAUGGCAGAGCUAUGGUUAAUCUGUUUUUCACUCUCCGCUACAGCAAGGGACCUGCGCUCUCCCGCACCCUUAAAGUGUUUGAGACCUUUGAAACUAAGAUACAUCAUAUCGAAACAAGGCCAUCUAAGAAAUCUAAAGAUAACCGAGAUAUAUUAGAAUUCUUCAUCCGCUGUGAAACUAACAGCUCGGAUAUCAGCACCUUGGUCAGUUCCUUGAAAAGAGUUGCUGAAGAAGUGAAAACAACAAAAGAAGAGAAAUAUCACUGGUUUCCAAAAAAGUUGUCAGAUUUAGACAGAUGCCAUCAACUGGUUUCAAAAUAUGACCCUGACCUGGAUUUUGAUCAUCCGGGAUUUUCUGAUGUUAAGUAUAGAGAGCGACGGAAGCAGAUUGCAGAAAUUGCUUUAAACUACAAGUAUGGUGAGCCAAUCCCCAGAGUAAAGUACACCGCAGAAGAAAUUGCAACUUGGAGAGAAGUGUACACAAACCUGAAAACUCUGUAUCCUACACAUGCUUGUUCAGAACAUCUGGAGGCUUUCAGGCUACUGGAGAGGCAAUGCUGUUACACUGAGGAUAAUAUCCCUCAACUUGAGGAUGUCUCCUGCUUUUUGAAAGAACACUCAGGAUUUCAGCUCUGGCCUGUGGCUGGGUUGCUUUCGGCCCGGGACUUCCUGGCAAGCCUUGCUUUUCGAGUUUUCCAGUGCACGCAGUACGUCAGGCAUGCCUCCUCGCCAAUGCACACUCCUGAGCCGGACUGUUGCCAUGAGCUGCUGGGCCAUGUGCCCAUCCUGGCUGACAAGACAUUUGCACAAUUUUCUCAGAAUAUUGGCCUCGCCUCCCUCGGAGCCACAGAAGAGGAAAUUGAAAAGCUUUCCACUCUCUACUGGUUUACUGUGGAAUUUGGGUUGUGCAAGCAAAAUGGAGAAGUUAGAGCCUACGGCGCCGGACUGCUCUCCUCCUAUGGUGAACUCAUUCAUGCCCUGUCUGGUGAACCUGAGUUGAGGGAUUUUGACCCUUCAGAAGCUGCGAUCCAGCCGUAUCAGGAUCAGACGUACCAGCCAGUGUAUUUUGUAUCUGAAAGUUUCAGUGAUGCUAAAGACAAACUGAGAAAGUACGCUGCAAGUAUUAAGCGGCCAUUUUCAGUGAAAUAUGACCCAUUUACCAAGACCAUAGAAGUAUUGGACAAUCCUCAGAAAAUCAGGAAGUCGUUGGACAAUCUGAAGGAUGAACUGAAGAUGCUGGCUGAUGCAUUAGAUAUAUUAUCCUAACCUCCAGUUGCACAUCCACCAUAGAAUGAUCCUGUGCUUUCUAUACCGCUGCAGCAUUGUAAGCUUCAAUUGUGAGUCAAGAUUUUUAGCUUUCACUUCGGUGUGACAUUGUAUGUUGUACUAAUAUAUAGAUAAAACAAAUAGAGACUGUGUUUCACAGCUACUGCUGGGUGGAUUUAUUUAUUUUUGGAUUUUCAAGAGCGCAAUACUAGAAACAAUAUGUGAGUAAAGGUGUGUGUGCGCGCGUGCGUGCGUGUGUGCGUGUGCGCGGUUGGUCGAUGAGUAGUUGGGGAAUGAGAGCGACGUUGGGUCUUUAUAGUUCAAUGCUAAAAUAGAUUUGUGGAAUGAGAGUGGGUGAUAAUGGCCAAUGGUAGUAUGAACUUGGUCAUUAUGACUUUACGAAUUGGACUUAGAUAAUGUCUGAAACUUGUUUAAUAUGUGCACAAUGUAAAAUAAGGCGUAGAUGCUUGUUUGGCCUGUUUUGCUCCAAUGAACAAGACUGAUUUCAUCCCCAAUCUGGUUUCUACUCAUGAAGGAACUUUGCUUGAAUGAAUAUGGUUCUAUUUUUGUUUGUGCUCUAUAUUCUUUCCUUCCAAAGUCAUUGAUAGAAACCACCACUCUUGAAGAUGGUAGAUAUUGAUAUGACUAUUAAAUGUGGAACACACUUCGUAGUCAAGAUGGUCAGCUGCAAAGAGAUAAUAUUGAAGAUUUUAUUACAAUGUUAUGUUUAUUGACAUUCAGACAAUUUGAAAAUUAAGAUCCACAUGCUUCUUCUAACUGCUCCAAUAAAACUACAAGAGCGUAUAGGAAACUGCACAGGGAUGUUGUGAUGCCUGUUUGUGUAUUGUUGGAAUGUGCGGUGGGGUGAAGAGAGAAGGAACCUGGCGCAGAAAAUGCUUCCAAGCAUAAAGAUUAGGCAUUGGGAAUAGGGAAAAUGCAAUAAUAUAGAAAAUGUGGCACACAUUUCCCUCAGUGGAGAAUAAAGGUUUGAAAUCUUGUCCAAAUCAGAGACCCUUGCAGCUUAGCAGAGGCCAUUCAGCCUGUUGAUCUUACAAUUAUUCUUUGAGAAAGCAUUUCAGUUCAUCCCACACUCCAUUCACUUGCCCUAAUUCUGUAAAUUAAUCAUCUUCAAAUAAUACAUAAUUUGAUUUUUGGAAGCUCUCAUGGAAUCUAUUUGUAUCCAUUGUUCUGCUCCAGGUCUCCAUAUGGAAACUUCUCUUCUUGCCCCUGAUGACAAUUAAUUUAAACAUCAGUCCCUGUUUGAAGAAAGAAUUUCUUUCCUUUCUGAACUGACAAAUCACUUAGCAUUUUGAAUAAUUUGAUUAGCCUUUCCCUCGAUCUUCUUCAUAUAUUGGAAAGUAAUUUCUGUUUCUCUAAUCUAUUUGCAAGCAAAUCCCUUCAGUCUGGUAUCAUCCUGGUAAAUCACAACACUCUCCUUGAAAUGUAGUGCCCGGAGUUGCACACUUUACUUCAGCAGAAGCCUAACCAAUAGAUUAUGAAAGUUUAGAAAGCAUAGACCACCUAGGCAGUCCAAGCUAAUCUUUGUGCUCCAUUUUAACAUAACAUCCUUGUUUUUGUAUUCAGUUCCCUUAUUUACAAAGCCAAAUAUUUAAACCCUUUCUUAAUUGCCUUAUCAACUUAUGCUCCAGCAUACAGAUAUUUAUAACAUGUGCCUCAACCUUCCCUUGCACUCACAUCUCCUUAAUAAAGCAUCAUUUGGAUUGUGCCACCUCUCCAUUCUGUUCUUCGGAAGUGUACAUCUAAUAUGUCUUUGUCCCUUGUGUUGUCUUUGUUCUACAGCUGCAUCAUUCACAAUUCUGCCUGUGCACAGCCAAACUCCCUUUCGAUCCAGCUUAUAGUUGUCUAUGUCACCAAGUUCAGUGUCAAGUGUAGACCUCAAUCUGAACUCCUUAAACAAAAGUCCAUAUUGUUUAUCCAUAACAAGAAAUGCAAGAGCCUUAACACUGGUUUGCAUCUGAUAAUGACCCUUGGGGAACACUAGUUCAUACUUUUCACCAGUCAGAGAAAUGUUUAGUCACCACAACCCUCUGCUACACACCCCUGGGCCAAUUGUACACCUAAGUUAUCAAUGUCCCUUUAAUACCAUACGUAUCUAUUUUCUGAACAAGCAUACACGACCUUCAUCAAUCCUCCGUUAUUUCAACAAAUGAUCAAACAUGGUUUUCUUUUAACAUAUCCAGCUGCCUCUGAUUACCUCGUACUUCUCCAGGUGGUAGUUCAUUUUGUCAUUUAGAAGGCAUUAGUUUCCGUGUACGUAGUUUAAACAAAGCUUCCUUCGUUAAUUUUGGAAAUCAUUGUAAAAUAAACUUACUUCCUCUGCUCUGCCCUCACAGCCAAGCAUUCUUCAGUCUGUGCAUUCUCACCAUCAAGCUGGUUAUCUGUCAAAUUGACCUUUACUGUACUCUUCCAUGUAUUAUGUGGCAAUGGUCAAAGUCCUUGUCAAACCCAGAACUCAUCAACAAUUGAAAUGGAAUGUUGUCUUUGCUCUGUUAAUGUAAUAAACACCG